UUGGUUCGACCACGCCCCUUAAGUCAUAUGACUUCCGCAUUUAGCGAACGUCUCACGCACUUUCUUCUCGCCUGGACCUGGUGACGUGUUUGUAGACUUAGGAUGACUCAGGUAAGCUGUCAGCAGUGGGGACAGGCUCCUGGCCUUGGCAGCGUUGACAUGUGGAUCCUCCAGUCCUCCCAGCUUCGGGUCGAGGUUCUGACCCUCGGUGCCAUUAUAAGGUCUGUGUGCUGCAGAGGGAAACAUGGGCAGAUGGAGGAUGUAGUCCUAGGCUACGAUGACCUGGACGGUUAUGUAUCAGAUAAACGUUACCUGGGUGCCUUGGUGGGUCGCGUGGCUAACAGGGUUGCAAAAGGACGCUUUGUGGUGGAAGGAAAAGAAUACCAACUAGAUACCAACAAUGGACCCAAUGCACUGCAUGGAGGCCUGCGUGGCUUCAAUAAGGCAAUCUGGCUUGCUACAGAAGUGGAUGGUGGUGUGAUCCUCAGUCUGACGAGUCCAGACGGAGACCAGGGCUAUCCUGGUGAGGUUCAGGUCUCUGUCUCCUACACUCUACAGGGGGAAACUCUAACUGCGGACUACAGAGCCCGGUCUACCAAAACCACCCCCAUCAACCUCACCAACCACUCAUAUUUCAACUUAGCUGGCCAGGGAGCGGCAGAUAUCUAUGAUCAUGAAGUGUCCAUCAAUGCACAGUCUUACCUACCUGUUGAUGACACAUCAAUUCCUACAGGAGAGAUCAGAGCUGUGAAUGAUACACCUUUUGACCUCCGAGUGCAAGUUCCUGUUGGUGCCCGGCUGAAGGAAAUUCCAGGCCUAGGCUUUGACCACAACUUCUGCCUGUGUUCACCCAGGGAUGACUGGGCAGAAAGACAUGCUGCCAGAGUGGUUCACCCUCCCAGUGGGCGUGUCCUGGAGGUGUCUACCAGCCAACCAGGAGUCCAGUUCUACACUUCCAAUGUCCUGGAUGGUUCUAUCAAGGGAAAGGGUGGUAUGACAUAUGGGCAGCACAGCGCCUUUUGUUUAGAGACACAAAACUGGCCUGAUGCUGUUAACCAGGUUUGUGGAUGGAAAGAGAAUCACUUACAAUCAAUGGUAAAUGGCUUCCUUUCCUGACGGCCUUCUACGUCCUGGGGAGGAAUACCAUCAUGUCACUCGCUUCACCUUUACCACUGUCUAACUGACAGCCAUGAUUCGAAGGCUGGCCUGGAAGAGAUGUUUAGAUUAAAUUUUGGUUUAUGACUACACUGGAUGUGAAGUUCUUCAGUAUAAAAUGUAAUAAAGUCAUAGCUACAUGGUUGUUCUUUACUUUGCAAUAACUUGA